AUGUCAAAAUGGGACACGCCCCCUAGGGUGGUUGAGAAUGACCAAGCAAAGAUCCUGGACCCCCAAACUGGGCAAGUGGCUCCAGCAGGUCCCAGAAACAACAUCGGAGACCUCUGUGCAGAAGAGCGCAGUCCUAGGAACAGGAGCAGCUCAGAUACUGUGCAGGACCCGAGCUUGAAGGAUAGACCGCCCGCAGGGCGCUCUUCACAAACUUCACCCUUUGAUGCUGUAGUACAGGAAGAUGGUGUCGCAGGUGUCGACUGGAAUGCCCCUGAAACUCUGCCGCCUUGGCUGGAUAUUUUGCAGAAAGUCCCACGUCACAUUCCUAUCUCUCUGCUGAUCCUCCACGAGCUCUGCGCCGCCGCCUCCAACUCCACGUGUCUCAGCGCCGAGAAGGUGGAGGCCCGCGAGCGAAAGUUUGACGUCAACCUGAAGAAGCUCGACCUUCAGCGCGACGCCCGCGAGCACCAGGAGCUCACCACCUGCGAACAGGCUGCCCAGCAAAUGCACGAACUCAACGGCCGCGCGCUGUCUCCGUGGCGUUACUACAUAGACCGAAACGACAGCAGGUAUCCACGUGACAUCAUCUUUGCCGAGUGCCUUUGUAAGGGAUGCAUCAUCGACGGGCACGAGGUGAACGACUACAACUCUGUGGAGGUUCGGGCUCCGAUGGUGGUCCUGAUGAAGACCAAGUGUAAGGACGCAGACACAUAUCGAGUCCAGAAGACGCGUAUCGAAGUCCCGGUGGGCUGCACUUGUUAUGAAUGUGGAUGGUGGACGUCGUUAUCAGUAAGAAAAGCUGCAAACUUAUGGAAAUACAGUUCAAAGGGCAAAAUGUAUGCCUUCCUUCACUUGUUCCACCGGCCGAAUUAGAGUCUUUGCUGGGCUACUUUUGGCCCCCCGAGCCUCCUGUUUGACACCCCUGAUAUAAAGACACCUGUGAACUUUAAAAUUGUAUUUUUAUUUAUUUAACCAGGAAAAAUAAAUCUCUUGAGAUUAAAAUUUCUUUUACGAGAGUGCCCUGGCAAAGAAGCACAAGGACUGACUUUUUGCUUUAGUUUGUGUUAUAAAUGUACCGUCAAAGCUUUGUUUUUAUUUCUGUAAUCUUUACGUUAUAAUUUCAGGAGAGUUUAGAAGCGAACCGGGUGUUUGCUGACAUGAAGCCGCGUUUAUUUCAUUUACACUUGUGAAAUCCUCCCUGACUCCUGUGCGGCUGAUCGUUUCACCUCAAAACGGUUCAACAUCUCCUUAAAAGAACAUUGUGUAACUAUUUUACUGCCAAUAAAUGAAU